AUGGGGCCUCUUCUUUACCUCCUAUCAGAUUUGGCCCUUCCCUCCUACCAAGGAGACCGCUGGUAACAUUCACAUUUUUACAUGGAAUUUUUCGAAAUAAAGGGGGCGGUAUAGGAUUCGAACCCCCGAUAUCACUGCUAAGACCCUCCGACUCGCCCACUCGAGCCGCUUAGCCCUUCUCAAAUUGGUGACAAAGGUGCAUAAGGUUUAGGCUCUGCUUUAGCAAAUAGCACUAAUCUCUCAAAUUUGACACUUAUUCUUGAUGGUAAUUAAAUUGGUGACGAAGGUGCAUCAGGUCUAGGUUCUACUUUAGCAAAUUGCAAUAAUAUAUUAAAUUUAACACUUUAUCUUAGUGAUAGUUAAAUUAAUGCAAUUGGUGCUUCAGACUUAGGUUCUGCGUUAACAAAUUGUACUAAUCUCUCAAAUUUGAAACUUCACCUUUGUGAAAACUAAGUCAAUGAAUCAUAAUAAUAAUUGAAAGUAAAAAGCAAGUGUAUUAAAUCAAAAAGAUUAGUAGUCUUCGAAAUAAAAUUCUAAUGA